AUGUAACGCGAAAGAACAAGUAGUACUGAUCAUGAGGACAAAGAGGAAGAGACUUUACACAAGCACUCGCUUAUAAGAGAUAGCUAGCGAGACGGCCAUAAAAACCCUUCUCCUCCUCAGCCGGCUAGCUAGCAACUACUCCCAAACCCUUCUUAUAAUUGGAUAUAUAUUGACCUACAUGCACAUCUCUCUCUCUCUCUCUCUCUCUCUCUCUCUGUACCAUUGCGACGUUCUCUCUUGUGAAGUUGGUUAAUUAAUUCUAUGGCGAAAAGCUCAGUCAAUAACACUGCGAAUGCUACGUCGAAUACUAACCCUAGCAACAGCGCCGCAACCAAGGUGAAGCGGAAACGCAAAAGUGUCGCACGAGACUCUCCUCCACAGCGCAGCUCCAUCUACAGAGGCGUCACGAGGCAUCGGUGGACUGGUCGUUAUGAAGCUCAUUUGUGGGAUAAGAAUUGCUGGAACGAGUCGCAGAACAAGAAAGGAAGACAAGUAUAUCUAGGGGCAUAUAAUGAUGAAGAAGCCGCUGCACGCGCUUAUGAUCUGGCAGCAUUGAAGUACUGGGGACAUGAAACCAUCCUCAAUUUCCCGCUAUCAACCUAUCAAGAAGAACUCAAAGAAAUGGAGGGGCAAUCAAAAGAAGAGUACAUUAGUAUUUUGAGGAGAAAAAGUAGUGGGUUUUCCCGUGGGGUCUCAAAGUAUAGAGGCGUGGCAAGACACCAUCACAAUGGAAGGUGGGAAGCUCGCAUUGGCAGAGUAUUCGGCAACAAAUAUCUCUAUCUUGGAACUUAUGCUACGCAAGAAGAAGCAGCAACAGCAUAUGAUAUGGCAGCUAUAGAGUACCGUGGAGUUAACGCUGUUACUAACUUUGAUCUCAGUCGCUACAUCAAGUGGCUACGUCCGGGUAAUCAAAAUAGCCCCACUAAUCCAAAUGACUCUGAACCAAACACUGAUUUAGAGCCUGGCUUAAGCUUAGUCUCCAAUCAAGCAGCCAGCUCGAGUACUGCAACUGACAUGACCCUAGCUGAUCCACUAAGGCCGCCUGGUGCUGGUGGCUCUGCAUCUUCAGCACUAGGGCUACUAUUGCAAUCAUCUAAGUUCAAGGAAAUGCUGGAGAGGACAUCGGUGGUGGACAGUAGUCCUCCAACGUCGCAAGAGUCAGAGCCACCGCGUCGAAGCUUUCCGGAUGAUAUUCAAACAUACUUUGACUGUCAUGACUAUGGAAACUUAUAUGCUGAGAGCGAAGACAUUAUUUUUGGAGACUUGAAUUCAAUUGCUUCAGUACCAAUUUUCGAUUGCGAACAUCUUGGUCCUUAAAGACGAGGGUCAUGUGAAUAUAUGGGUGGAAAAGAAGGAUAGAGUAAAGAGAAGAUUAAAAUUUU